UAAAGUUUCUCUGUCCACAUCGAUAUUGUCGGUGCCGACGCGUCUGGUUUACAUUUCGUGUCAUCUCUGUUGCGCGUUAUUCAAAAGUCUUAUCGGCAGAUAAUUGAAAUAGGCAACGGGGUGUGAGGAAUUGUACGUCACGUAACUUUCAGUGAUAAUCUCGUUCAGCGUUUUGCGUGAAUAAUGCCGGCGGUUCGGCUGGUUUUGACCAGCCACACGAGUCCCGUGGUGUGCACGGGUUCAGAAAUCGCGGGACAAGUGAUAUGCCAUUACGUUUCGACCACUGACGUCAGAAGUAUCAAAGUGUGGUUGGUUGGUAAAGAAAAAAUUGAAUGGCGCCAGGGGAAGACGACGAUAAAAGAUUCCAAUAAGUUUUUGAACUUGCUGACUUGUGUUUACGAACAAGGACAGCCUCCCAGAAUCGAGUUUCCUUUUACUUUCCGCUUGCCGCACGACUACCCGAGCAGUUUCGAGGACGAAUACGGGAAAGUGACGUACAAAUUAAAGGUGGUGGUCGAUAAGAAAUGGAGUUUGGAUGAUAAGUUAAAACACCGGCUCACCGUGCUUUCGCCGAUAGAUCUCAAUCGACUACCCUAUUUGCAGACGCCGGUCGCUUGGCGCGGUCAAAAAGGCAUGUUUUUCUUUUGCUGCGACCCGGGGACCAUAGACCUCGCGGUCAAAUUAGACAAGCGUUCAUUUGUGCCUGGCGAAGUAUUGACCGUUCAGAUCCAAUGCGACAACAUGUCGAAGACGAACGUGUUAUCGUUCGUCGUCAAAUUGAAAAGGAAAAUUACCUUCAAGAAGGUCAGCUCCUGGGGCAACAGCGAGCGGACCAGCGUGCUCGAGGUGGCACGGGCUCAUGUGAGCAGCGGCGUCGGCGCCCACGGGAGUACCAUUCGCACGACAUUCCUCCGCGUACCCACAAACGUAGAAAUCCCGAAUUUUUGCCGGUGCCUCAUGCUCGAACAGAGCUGGAUACUUUCGACGACCGCCAUAUUGUCUGGGUUCUCCUUCAACCUGAAGGUCCGCGGGGCAAUAUCUCCAGGACACGUCCCUUACACGGAAGGUGGCACGUCACAAAACGCUGACGCCGUGAAUAGCGCUUUCACCAGUGGUGACACUUCCACUCAGCGCGACGAAGAAGAUCCACCGCCGCCUUAUUCGGAAUGCGUUUAAACGGUCGACUUUAUCCGCCCGCAGAUGGUCCCCUUUAGGUGUAGCUUUUUCUAUUGGUUUACUAAAAUGUUCGCUUUACUCUGAUGUACGCGCUUUGUUCAUUAAAC